AUGGCUCUUUUACACCGCAUGUCCUCUGAAGCUAUAAAGACAGAGCUCGAUCUUUUCACGGCCCCCUUAACCCAACAUUCAAUAGAGAGGUCCAGUUAUGUGGAGAUAGCCCCACUCUCUGCCAUUACCGACAACGGUCCUAUAGAAUUUUUCAUACCAGGCCACGGUGACAACUAUCUGAACUUCAACAACACCUUGGUGCAUUUGCGUCUAAAAGUGACCAAAAGAGAUGGCACUAAUAUUGCAGGCGAUGCCAAAGUGAGUCUCAUUAAUUACCCAGUGGCCACCAUCUUCUCCCAAGUGGACGUGACUUUGGGUGAACGCCUAAUCAGUCAAAGCAGUGCCACAUACCCUUAUAGGGCCAUCAUGGAGUGUUUACUCAACUACUCCGAAGACACUCUCAAGACACAAUUCAGCGCCGGGCUGUUUAGCAAGGAUACUGCAGGAGGCUCUAUGGAAUCGACAGACCCUUCCACUGGUACAAACAAAGGACUGACAUUCUCUACAUCCAGAGAGCAACAGCAGGAAGAUCACAGAGCUAAGAGGUCUCACCUCUGCCCACAUUGUGUGGAGAUUUUCCCAAUUCUAUCAAAGCUAAAAAUACACCUAAAAAUACACACAGGAGAACAUCUGUAUUCCUGUACUGACUGUGGGAAGAGAUUCACAACACCAGGAGCUUUGGCAGUUCAUCAGAGAGUGCACACUGGAGGGAAGCCUUACUCCUGCUCUGACUGUGGAAAGAGUUUCUCUCUACUGGGCAACUUAAAAACACAUGAACGUAUACAUACAGGAGUGAAGCCUUACUCUUGCUCUGGCUGUGGACAGAGUUUCUCUCGACUGGGCCACUUAAAAACACAUGAACGUAUACAUACAGGAGUGAAGCCUUACUCGUGCUCUGACUGUGUAAAAUGCUUCACAACAUCAGCUCAGCUAAAAGAUCAUCAGAGAACACACACAGGAGAGAAGCCUUACUCCUGCUCUGACUGUGGAAAGAGUUUCUCUCUACUGGGCAACUUAAAAACACAUAAACGUAUACAUACAGGAGAGAAGCCUUACUCCUGCUCUGACUGUGGGACAAAUUUCUCUCUACUGGGCCACUUAAAAACACAUGAACGUAUACAUACAGGAGUGAAGCUUUACUCCUGCUCUGACUGUGUAAAAUGCUUCACAACAUCAGCUGAGCUAAAAGUUCAUCAGAGAACACACACAGGAGAGAAGCCUUACUCCUGCUCUGACUGUGGAAAGAGUUUCUCUCGACUGGGCCAAUUAAAAAGACAUGAACGUAGACAUAUUGGAGUGAAGCCUUACUGCUGCUCUGACUGUGUAAAAUGCUUCACAACAUCAGCUGAGCUAAAAGUUCAUCAGAGAACACACACAGGAGAGAAGCCUUACUCUUGCUCUGACUGUGGAAAGAGUUUCUCUCGACUGGGCCACUUAAAAAGACAUGAACGUAUACAUACAGGAGAGAAACCUUACUAUGCACGAUUACAGUGA